CUGAGGUUGCCAGUGUGUUUGCCGUUGCUAGGCCAGUCUUGCGGUCUCGUUGUGGGCUGCAUUUUGUAUUAGCUAACGUUGGUUAGCUGACCCGCUACUUUAAUAUCAGCAGUAGUUGAAGAGCUACCGUGAAACGCAGGGUUUAUGGACAUGUUCCGGCUGGCACAAUGGUCCCCACGGCUGUCACUUCAUAACCUGACAUUCCAACAUUGACUAGUUAACCUAGCAGUUUAUGGCUGCCGGUUAACGGGCUACAUUUAGUUAGCUACACUGGGGUAGUGGCACCUGUAUAUUACCUAACAGCAGUGUGCAAAAGCUGCUGCUCACCGUUGUCAAGUACGUGGAGGUUAUCCAUUUUGACCGAAUAACUAACCUCAUCAGUUCCAAUGCAUGUUGUUGUGGCGUGUUACUGGAAAAGUCUUUUUUGAGCCACGUACAAGGAAACGGUGAACUGCAAUACAGAUGUUAGCGUCAGGAUAGAUGUGUCAUUGCUAAGGUCUAUCAAUAGCCUUGUGUUAUUGAACUAAACAGGUUCUGAUGUGUACGGUUGUACUGGUGAAUUGUUCCUGAACCUUCCCUGGAAGAUAGAGCAUACACAGUGCCACGCUGUGUGGGUUGGCAGCUGCUCCUCACCAUGUCCAAGAGCAAGAGUUCCGAGUCAGUGAAGGUGGUGGUUCGUUGUCGCCCCAUGAAUGAAAAAGAACGGGCAGCCAAGUUUGAAAGGGUGGUUUCUGUUGAUGUAAAAUUGGGCCAAAUUAUUGUCAGGAACCCCAGGGAAGCUGCAGCCAGUGAACUCCCCAAAGUCUUCACUUUUGAUUCAGUCUACGACUGGAACUCUAAACAAAUAGAUCUGUAUGAUGAAACCUUCAGGCCCCUGGUGGAUUCAGUUCUUCUCGGUUUCAAUGGGACCAUCUUUGCCUAUGGGCAGACGGGUACAGGGAAGACGUUCACUAUGGAGGGGGUGAGAAAUGAUCCAGAGAGGAGAGGGGUGAUUCCUAACUCCUUUGAGCACAUUUUCACACACAUUUCACGGUCCCAGAAUCAGCAGUACCUGGUGAGAGCAUCAUAUCUUGAAAUUUACCAAGAGGAGAUCAGAGACCUGCUGUCGAAGGACCAAUCACGUCGUCUUGAGCUCAGGGAGAGGCCUGACACAGGUGUGUAUGUUAAAGACCUUUCAUCAUUUGUUACCAAGAGUGUACGGGAGAUCGAGCACGUCAUGAAUGUGGGCAACCAGAAUCGUUCAGUGGGUGCCACUAACAUGAAUGAACACAGCUCUCGAUCUCACGCCAUAUUCGUCAUCACUGUUGAGUGCAGUGAGUUGGGUGUAGACGGGGAGAACCAUAUCAGAGUUGGCAAACUGAACCUGGUAGAUUUAGCUGGAAGCGAAAGGCAGACCAAGACCGGUGCUCAGGGGGAGAGGCUUAAAGAAGCCACAAAGAUCAAUCUUUCACUUUCUGCUCUGGGGAAUGUCAUAUCAGCUCUGGUGGAUGGCAGGAGUAGCCACAUCCCUUACCGAGAUUCAAAACUCACUCGUCUGCUUCAGGACUCUCUGGGGGGCAAUGCCCGCACUGUCAUGGUUGCCAACAUUGGCCCAGCAUCCUACAAUGUGGAGGAGACCUUGACAACGCUGCGCUACUCCAACAGGGCAAAAAACAUAAAGAAUAAACCACGUAUCAAUGAGGACCCCAAGGAUGCCCUGCUGAGGGAGUUUCAGGAGGAGAUUGCGAGGCUGAAGGCACAGCUUCAAAAGCGCUCAGGAAAGAAAAAAAAGAGGAGGCAGAGGAGGAGGGCUGGGGAAGGGAGCGAUGGUGAGGAUCUGGAAGAAGGAGAGACAGAGGACGAUGAUGAAGAUGGAGAUGACAAAGGAGAUUACUGGCGAGAGCAGCAGGAAAAGCUGGAGAGUGAGAGAAAGGCCAUCAUGGAAGAUCACAGUCUGGUGGCUGAGGAAAAAGUUCGGCUGCUUAAGGAGAAAGAGAGGAAAAUGGAAGACUUGAAGAGGGAGAGAGAGGCUGGAGAGUUGCUUGCAGCCAAAGUUAAGGCAAUGGAGAGUAAGCUUCUCGUCGGGGGGAAGAACAUUGUGGAUCACACCAACGAACAACAAAGAAUGCUGGAGCAGAGGAGGCAGGAAAUCGCUGAACAGAAACGGCGAGAGCGAGAGAUGCAGCAGCAGAUGGAGAGUCGUGAUGAGGAGACUCUGGAGCUGAAGGAGACAUACAGUUCCCUGCAGCAAGAGGUUGACAUCAAAACCAAAAAGUUGAAAAAGCUGUUUGCCAAGCUGCAGGCAGUGAAGGCAGAAAUCCAUGACAUCCAAGAGGCACACAUCAAAGAGCGCCAGGAGCUGGAACAGACUCAGAACGAACUCACCAGGGACCUCAAACUCAAGCAUCUGAUUAUUGAGAACUUCAUUCCUUUAGAGGAGAAGAACAAAAUUGUCAACAGAGCUUUCAUUGAUGAGGAGGAUGAGUACUGGAAAAUGAAGCCUAUUACACGUAUAGAGGAUGAACAUCAGAUGAUGACCAGGCCUUUGUCUGCAGUGGGCUACAGGAGGCCUCUUUGUCACCAUGCUCGCAUGGCCAUGAUGAUGAAGCCUGACAUGAGAUACAAAGCUGAAAACAUCCUGAUACUGGAUAUGGACCUGCCAGCACGGACCACUAAAGAAUAUCAGGAGCCGGUUAUCGCCCCAAAGGUGGCGGCAGCUCUGGAGGAUGCUCUUAGGGAUGAGGAUGAGAUCCAGGUAGAUGCCUCAGGCUUUCACAGCAGCUUGGGACCAACCCCACCAACCAGCGCCAGCAGCAGCCUCAAGAAACCAAAGUCUGGUCGACCAAGAACAGGCAAGAAGUUGAGCACCCCAACCUCUCCUUUCAGCUCCUCCAGUCCAAGUUCUCCUCUUUAUCCACAAUCCCGUGGCCUGGUGCCCAAGUGACAACUUCUGCCACUACUAUCACUACCCCCAACCUCUCUUGUGCACCUUUCCACUUUGGGACUCAACUUUGAGAGAAUGAGUUCGGUUUUGUCAAAGUUGUGUUUUUUUUGUCCAGACUACAGAAUCUCGGAUUCUGCAAAUGAUAGAGAAAACUUUAAUACUAAUGCUGCUUUGUAGGUUUUACCUGUAACCACACCACUAUUAACUGUUGUCAUGCGCUUCAUUUGGAGAUUUGAAACCCCUCAUCCUGAGUGUGAGUAAGCACAACACCAGGUCAGCAGCCACGCAUGAAGCCUCACAUCACUCUACACUGCUAUUACCUUUCCCCAACAUCUGGCAGAAUGCCAGCAAUGUCUUUUUAUAUAUAUAUGUGUGUGUGUGUGUGUGUGUGUGUGUGUGUGUGUGUGUGUGUG